AGAGCAGACGAGUUUAGUCUGUGAAACAUUGCUGAACAUAACGGUUAUAAUUCGGAGUUCGUUGGUGAAGUGUAAAGUCAACAACAGAAAUAGUAAAUUACCGCUGAAUUAUAAACCAAGCCACUUUCAAGCUCAAUGAGCACGUGUAUAGUGAUUAAUAUUAAAUAUAUAGUGAUUAACAGUAAAUAAAUUGAAGAAAUAGUCGCGUCGUGCCCGAAAAUCCAAGGAGCAUUAGUCAGAACAAGAUAAAAGGAAUCUCGAAAGUGUUUUUUAAAUUUCAAUUGUGAACUGAUACGGUAAUUUCAUUAUCACAGUGGCAAUCAGUUCUGCUAGUAGAAGAACCAUAGCGAGAGUGUAAGAAAAAAUUACGACUGAGGAGAUAAACUGGGAGGUGAAGAGACAUAGUCAAGAAUUAUAUCGAACGCGUACGGUAGUGCCGCGUAGAGUAGUGACCGAAACGUAUCAAGUCACCUUUAUGGACAAAGCGUCGCUUCAAGUGUACGAGCGAGAAUAAGAAACUAUAGAAAUAAUAACACCGACCAGCUUAAAUUGCCCCUUUGCGCAAGUUUAAUCAAAUUAAGUCACGCCAGGGUCCGUAUCGCAACGCGUCGCGACGUCCAACUGCGUUACUAAAGACAAAAUGUGCCCCAACUGAUAGCCUCGAGAAGACAACCAACAAUCAAGCUAUCUUGGUUGUUCGCCACUUAAGCUCUGAAAUAUUCUAUUUGGAUUAAGUUGACCUUCAGCGCCAAUUGUAGCGGCAGAGCGAAUAUUAUAAAGCGCACACAGUUCAGCACACUAACUGUUUACUUCCCUGCAUUCGUUUCAAUCAAUUCCGACACAGAGCUUCCAACGUUACACACGAUGGCUACAAACACGGAAAUACUACCCUUCCAUCAUCACACAACCAUUUCUCUACAAACUGCGGCUGCACUGACCAGCUAUCAUGGUGGUGGCAGUGGUGGCGGCGGCGGCAAUGGUAGUGGCGGUGGGGCGGCUGGUUCCGUACUGCCAAAUGCUACACAACUGGCCGCGGCCGCUUGGAACAUGGAGGACUGCCUCUACCAACAGACUGAACUUCCCGCCCUCACACAGCGCGCACACCAUCUGCUGCGAUUCACGCCCUACGCGUUGCAUCAUCGACCCCAACUGCAGACAUUACCACCCGCGUUGUACCUCCAGCAUGCCGCGGCUGCUGCCGCCGCUGCGGCCGCACAUGCGCAGCAUCAUCACCAUCAUCAUCAUCUGCAGCAUAGGCCGGCGUCGCCCGAGAGUCCAGCGCCUAUCGAGGGUACACACAUUAGCAAUCUCUUCCCCGAAAUACUCGAAAUGAUCUUCCAGAAGUUGCCGGUACGGGAUUUGGGUCGCGCAGCUCAGGUGUGUGUUGCUUGGCGUGAUGCAGCAUAUGCCAAGAGCGUGUGGAAGGGUGUUGAAGCAAAGUUACAUCUCAAGCGUUCCAGUCCUAGUCUUUUCAAUUCGUUGGUACGUCGCGGCAUUAAAAAGGUGCAAAUACUUUCGCUGCGCCGUUCGUUAAAGGAUCUUGUACUCGGCGUGCCAUCACUAGUCUCGCUAAAUUUGAGCGGUUGCUUUAACGUGGCCGAUGUGAAUUUGGGUCAUGCUUUUUCCGUGGAUUUGCCGAAUUUAAAAGAGCUGGAUCUUUCGUUAUGCAAACAAAUCACCGAUACGAGUCUCGGACGCAUUGCACAACAUCUUAAGAACUUGGAGACACUUGAACUUGGCGGUUGCUGCAACAUUACUAACACCGGUUUGUUACUCAUCGCGUGGGGUCUGAAGAAACUGAAACAUUUAAAUUUACGUUCCUGUUGGCACAUCAGCGAUCAGGGUAUUGGUCACUUGGCUGGCUUGAGUAAGGAAACAGCCGAAGGUAAUAUGGAGUUGGAAUAUCUUGGUCUGCAGGAUUGCCAACGACUCAGCGAUGAAGCGCUCGGUCAUAUAGCACAAGGUCUAACGUCACUAAAGUCAAUAAACCUGAGCUUCUGCGUCUCCGUCACGGACAGCGGCCUCAAGCAUCUGGCGCGUAUGCCCAAACUCGAGCAACUCAACUUACGUUCCUGCGACAACAUCUCCGACAUCGGCAUGGCGUACCUCACCGAAGGCGGCAGCGGCAUUACCUCACUCGAUGUCAGCUUCUGCGACAAGAUAAGCGAUCAAGCGCUCUCACACAUCGCACAGGGACUCUAUCGUUUGCGUUCGCUUAGCCUAAAUCAGUGCCAAAUAACCGACCAGGGUAUGUUGAAGAUCUCGAAAUCGCUGCAGGAACUGGAAAAUCUUAACAUCGGGCAAUGCAGUCGAAUAACGGACAAGGGGUUAGAGACGCUAGCGCAAGAUCUGGUAAAUCUAAAGACGAUCGAUUUGUACGGUUGCACGCAAUUAUCUUCAAAGGGUAUCGACGUCUUCAUGAAAUUGCCGAAGUUGAUAAAACUGAAUCUCGGCCUAUGGCUCGUAAGAUGAUGCGUCUCACGCAGCAAAAAUCAACGAUGCGCCAAAUAUUCUUCGGCGCGACAAUGCAACAAUGUUUGUAUAACGAAUUCGGUAUGGCAGCAUAAAUUCGGAAUUCAAGGUCCUAUGAGCAACGUGUGUAGGGCAGCCAAAGGGUUAGUAAGGAAGAGGGCAGCAAGUAGACAAUUUGCAGAUAUUUUCUAGCACAAACACACUUUAAUUUCGGAUGAUGAAGGUGAUCAAACAGCGAAAUCAGCUCAAUCUCUUGUGUCUAAAUUUUGAUCUUGCCUCGCGCCUAAUUGCUUUCUAGAAUACACCACUGCAACCAUGAGUCCGGGAAUAAUGCAACAAAGCGGCAACCCAUAAUUAUGCAAAGCACACACAUGUAUAUGUGUGUUUGUCUGCCUGUAUAUAUGGGUGUGUGUGCAGACGAAUGUGCGCUCGUGCGGCUAGAAAUGUGUAUCGCCAGCAUGCAAACUCGCCAGCGCGCCACUGAAUAAAUGCGCGCACGAGGCUCAGCGGCGGAGAUGGGGACAACUGCAACGCCAAGGCGGAGAGGCGGCUUUGAGAAGGGUGCAAAUCGUUGGAAAAAAAUUAAAAUACCGACAAAAUAAGACGAAUAAAAUUAGUAAAAAACAUGUUCGAAAUAAUAAGAGUGGUACAAUAUAACAAAGCCAGCGCAGACCGACCAACAACAACAGCAACGCAUGCAUGACUUUCGUUUCUCAUAAACACGGCGUGUACUAAAUUUAAAACAGCAAUGAAGAACCCAAUAAAAACGCGAAUAGGAGAAACAUUGAACAAAGUGAAACGAAACACCAACGACCAAAACAAGGCUGCGCCAGCAAGAACGACAACAACAACAACAGCAACAGCAGCAACAAUGGCGAUUAACUUGGACGCGAAGUCAGGCACGCAACACAGCGCAGUCCACCAGACAGACAGCGCACAGCAGACCAUGCGGACAGACAAGAACACACACGCUGAAACUCAUAUGUGCUGCCUUCAUGUAUGUACAUAUGCAUAUCAGUAUGUAUGUGCAUGUGUGUAGCUAUGUAACUGCGCUGGUAUUAUGGCUACUGCAAAGGCUGCUCGCAUGGUUGCCUUGUUGGCUGACGAACGGUGGACCGGAAGGCUCGGCUGGCAUGCCAGUACCCCAGCCAACGCGACUUGACUUGGCACGGCUCGGCUGGCUGGCUGAAUGCAUGGACGUAUGGCUAACCACUUGCCUUGGUUUGCGAUGGCGGCUCACCGCUUUGGUCGCGCUUACUUUGCAUACAACAAACACACAUGCAAAUGCCUCCGAAUGGGCUUUAUUUACAUAUAUGUAUGUAUAUUGGCGAUGCGUGCAGACAGCAAAUAUCGGGGCGGCAAUUUGGGUUGAUGUGGCCGGCAGCUAAGACCUGGAGCAUGAUGCGAAUAGAACACUCGUGUAGAGGCAAAUGUAACGGUUAUCAAGCGCUAUUCGAAUGACUUGAAUUUAAAUCACAACUUUUUGAAAUUAGUAAUAUACACCAAACCACCACCAACAACAAUCAACAAUUCCAGUAGACGAAACAAAAGCCAAAGUAGCAAAAUCAGCAACAAACACAGGAAAUACGUAGAUGCAAUGCAAGCAACAACGCCAGCAGAGUUGACGUUAACAAUAGCAACAACAAAUCGAUGAUAGUUUGCGCGUGACAACAGGAAUGCAACCAACAGCAAGGCAACAAUUAGCAACGCGAGACCGUGGCGGCGGCAGCGUAGCUGCUAUUGUUGCUGCGCAAAAGCAACACGACAACUGGCGGUGCCAAGAGUCAGUUCUAGCGGCGCAAGGUUCACUUUUUAGUUCACCUCUAGUGUAUCAAGUUAAGGCUGAGCUCAUUUUUAACAAAGUUAAGGCACAACAACAACAAAAUUAUAAAACAAAAAACACGACAAUAGCAAAAGUAAAUGCACGAACGACCCUCACUUUUGUCUGUCUGUCUAUUGUACACACACACACAUACAUAUACACAGCAAAACGUAUGAACUAAUGCAAACAAACGCAUGAACACCUGUAAAGCUCUGAACAACUACAUGCAUACAAACAACAAAAAUACUAAAAAAUCCACAUAGUAAUCCAAAAACAAAAAAAAAUAAAACAAAAACAACACACAUUUAAAAGCAAAAAAGCACACGCUGAAAGAGUGCAUAUAAAAACGAUAGAAAAUAUUAAAGUAAGAAUCGUUGGCAACAACAACAGUGUGGCGCACCUUAGCUGCGCGCCUUGCUGCGCUCGUUCUGACACUGUGUAACAAAGCGCCAGCAUGCAAAUUGAAAUUAAAUGCGAAUACUGAAAUUAAAGCAUUGGCCACAGUUGAGUUUUUUUUGUUGGUUUUGAAUUUAUUUUCGCUUGUAAUAAUAUUGGCCUUUAAUUAGUUUGUGAAUUUUAAAAAUUGUAUGUAAAAUGUAAGAAACAAUAAGAUUUGAAUCUAUCAAAUUUUAAUAUCAGCUUGAUUGUGGCAAUGCGUUUAUACCCGGAAAAAAUUAUAAAUAAAUUUAAUUGCAAACAAGAUUAAAUAUCGCCAACAUUUCAUUAUUCAUACCGUUUUGUUGAGUAGUGUAACUUGCACUCGUAUGCAAAUGCCGAGUGGUUGUGUGGAGCGACUGUCUUCGAUUGUGCUUCUGUGCUCAGAACACUGGCUUGAAGAACUUGAUGGGAUGACUCAUGCUAGGAAGGGUAGCAGUAAUGCCGUUGGCUGACUGAUUUUGUUGUAACUGCAAAAAGUUCGAGUCACAACUCGAGAGAAAAUCAAAUAAGAGCAAACUAAAAUUAUAAAGUAUAAUGAAAAUAAAAAUAAAUGUAUAAAUACAGCAGCAAACAAGUAUAUUUAUUAUGAAUCAAUAGCUAUUAAAAGAAAUAACACAAAUGCUCUGUAAAAAUACACUUAAAAACGCAAACUAAAAACAAAAAUUCAUUGAAAUAAAACUUUGCAUAAAAAAUAAAAUAAAAUAGGUAAUUGGAACUGCAAGAAGAGGUGCUGGAACUGUGGUCGCAAAUAACAAUAGGAGAAAAUGUAGUAUUGGAUCAAGGGGGGGAUUUUGGGUUUCAAAACUCUUCUCCGAAAUCGGAUAUUUGUAUCCAAAUUCAGAUGAAUUUACAAAGUAAAAAAAUACAGAAAGGAAUUCCGGGUCUGCUACUGAGAAAAUGUAAAGUAUACUUGUGGCAACCCUGUAGUUUGUAGUUCGGUUGUUUUUAAAUAAUUUGAUGCCAAAACUUUCUUAAACAUUUUGUUUGCAUUUCGAUAAGAUUUUAAAUGUUUUCGCUUAAAUAUGCUUUGAUCGCCUACAUGUCUCGUGUUUUCAUAUGUGAAACGUCGUCUAAUGCUGCGAUUACUUGAGAUCACUGAUAAGUGCAGAGUCACAGAUUUUAAAAAUCAUCAGUUAGCUCGCUGAAACUUGCUGAUUAUUGGCUGCGAUAAUAAAAUUUUAUUACUAGAUUUUAGUCCUUGACCAUAACGUUACGAGGGUCGCAGACGUCAGUAUGAAAGCAGACUGUCAAGAACCGAAAUGACCGCUUCUAACGUCAAACUAUUUUGAAGGUUGGAAAGCCGUUCGAAUUUAUGCAAAAAAGAAAUCAAUUUGUUCCUUAAUCGUAUGUGUCCAGCCGAAAUAAAAAUAUUUUCUACUGCAACAAAGUCAGUCAAACUAAUACUAGCUAGUAAACAGCAUAAAAGACAAAAUGUAAAGAAAAUUCUCCGAAUAAUUUCUGUUAAUAAUAUCGCCUGGUAAGAAGUAGAGUUUUAAAAUAACUUUUUUUUAUUGCUGAGGGGUGUGAAAAAUUCAAUAAAAUAAGAAGAAAAUGUCAUGUGUUGAGAAGUUCCGCUGAUUUUUUGUUAAAUUUUGUUUAAAUUUAGUUUAAAUAUCAAAACCAAAAUUUUAAAAAUAUUAAAAAAAUGUAAAAAUCGGGAGAAAUUAGUGAGUACAUAUUUACUUAUGCUAUAUGUAAUUCAAGAAGCAAAAAAAGAGAACACGAAUUCUUUUCUAUUGUGAUAUAAAAAUUUAUAAAAAUAAACUUAAAGAGUUAGUUUUAUUAAAUAAGCUAUAAAUGUAUGUAGUAAAUCCAGAAAUCUUAAAAAACAAAACUAAGCACAGGAACUAUCUAAAAAUGAGUUGAAAACUGAAAAAUUCUGUGCUCAACAGUUUUAGAAAAAUCUGUAAACUAAUAACUGUUUUAUUUGGUUUCAAAUUUCAUAAAAUUUUUGUUGAGUAAAAGCAAUAAUAACUAACUAAAAAAUAAACACUUUGCUACAAUUAUUUCAAACCACUUGGAGUUAAAAAUUUCAUGUCCAACAACAGCAACAAUGUAAAAUUAAGACAGAGCAACAAGAAAAUCGAAACCAAACCACAAUUUUGCCUUAUUUCUAGCUUACUUACUUUUUGUAAUGUAUAUAUCUAGAUCUGUUUUUUUCUAAUCUAAGUUGUGUUUAGUUCGCUAACUGUUUAAUAUUGUUUGUUUUGCUUAUGUGUUUAACAAAAUGCACUACUGUAAGUCGUCUUACACCUAAUCUAUUCAUAGUUGAUUUAGUUAACCGUUAUAGUCUUCGUUUGUAUGUGUACGUAUAUUUAAGAUUAUGUAAGUAGUGUUUUGUUAUAGCAUAAUAUUGUAAGAAAAAUAAAAGAAAUAAGACAAUUACAUAAAUACUUCGCCUAUCAAGCAAAUAUAUAGCAUACAUAUGGGCGUGAGUGCAGGAGGAACGGCGUUUGACAGUUAAUCUACUGGCAGUUCUUCGGAGAUAUGCAACUAAAAUCCUAAAAUACAAAUAAAAAUUAUUAAAAUACAACCAAAUCGCAAAAUUAAACAAAUUAA